AUGCCCAAAUUAAUUCAAUUGGAUCUCGAUAAAGAUACGACAAUUGCUAAAGUGGAUGAAGUUUUCUCUCACGGGGAGAGCCGGGUGGCCUUAGCCAUGUGUGGUGGCACAUUGCCAUGUGAGGAGAGAGACUAUGUAGGGUUUUGGGAGAAUAAUCCUUAUUUGGCUUCUCUUCGCUCCUCUUCAAAUUGCAAACUUGUCUUCCUUUACUUUCCAGCUUGUGAGAGAGAUAUUAGAGAAGUGUACUGCUUGUCGAGGAGAGGAGUUGUCGUGCACACCAAGCUGGGCUAUGUUGCAGUUGUUGUGGAUGUUUGCUGUCGGGGGCUACUCUGGGCUAUGCUCGUGAUGUGGCUCAAUAGUGUUGGGGCUCGGCUUGGGCUAAGGGACUACGUCGGUGGCUCAAGCAGCGCGGCCUUGCUACGACUUGAAUUCUAG